AUGGAUUCAAGCAAUUAUUACAUUAUAUUAAAAUUUAAAUUUAUUUGUUCAACAAUGAAGUUGAUAAUACUUCUUUUGUUAAUAAUAUGUGCGAGCUUUAUGGUAACUACAAUCGAGACGGCAACUUGCAACAAUCCGAUUAUUUAUAAUAAUUUGAAUUUACCAGCAACUAUCAAUCUUGCACAACUAGCAUUUGGAAGAGGAUUUUUGCCAAACAAGAGUAUUGAAAUUAAUGGUGUGGUUCUUGCAAACCCAGACCUAUUUGUGGUUAAUUUGUUCGAAGAUGGAGUGAUGCAGCAAACUGCUGACAUUCCAUUCCAUUGCAAACCGCUCUUUCGAUUCAAUCCGACUCGGGUUGUUCGUAACAAUUGGAUAAAAAACCGAGGAUGGGGACCUGAGGAAACGUCUGGUGGUUUUCCAUUCAGGGCUGGUCAGCCAUUCGUUUUGGAAUUUGUUACAGAUUUAAAAAAUACAAUAAUUAUCAAUGUCAAUAAUAAACGUUUUGCAACUUUCACUCGUGUGGAUUUGAGUAAAAUUAGUCAAUUAUAUAUUGAUGGGAGAGGAACAAUUACAGUUAAUUCUUUGACAUUGUGUCCCAAUCCAGUUAUAACGACUACAACAGCAAAGCCAACAACCACAACAGAAGAACCUACGACGACAACAGAAGAACCUACCACUACAACUGCAGAACCGACCACCACAACAGAGGAACCAACUACUACAACAGAGAAACCUACAACCACAACUGUAGAACCGACUACGACACCUCUUCCAACCUGUCCCUAUCCUAUCGUUAUAGCAUAUCCGGAAAUCCCAGCAACGAUCGACCUUUUGAAGCAAGGAUUUGGAGAAGGAUUUGCUCCACCUAAACGUAUUGUAUUUGUUGGUUCUCCUACUAAUACAACUGACCGUUUUAUGAUUAAUUUGUAUAGUGAUGGGGUGCCAGAUUUUACUGCUACAACAGUGUUCCACUUCAAUCCGAGAUUUAAAGAAAAGCAGGUUGUACGAAAUACAUGGUCACCAAUCACAGGAUGGGGAAAAGAAGAACGCUAUGGAGGAUUUCCUUUCAGAAUUGGAGAACCGUUCGUUUUGGAAUUUAUUGCGGCAGAAAAAAACACAAUAAUUGUAAUUACGAUAGGGAUGUUCCUCGAUAUAUUAUUUUUUAGGUUCAUGUCGAUUACAAACCAUUUGUAA